AUGGAAGGCCUGGUAGCUGAAGCAACGAAAAGACGAGGCCUAAAAAGACGAUUUUUCUUCGAGAAAAGGGAUAAGGAUGAAGAAGAAGCCGAAGACGAAGAAUUUGAUUAUGAAGAGGACGAGGAGGAUGGUGUUUAUAUUCCAGAGGGCAAGUUCGAGUCUGAACACGAAAUGGAGGAGGAUUAUGAUGAAGAUGGAAGAGAGGACAGGGAUGAGAAUGAUGAGGAGGAAGGAGAAGAGGAAGGAGAGGAGGAAGGAGAGGAGGAAGAGUCAGAAGCAUCGGGAAACAAGGAUGAGGCUGACGACAGGGAGAGGGACACAAAGAGGGCGAGAAGACAGUCGAUAAGGGAUCAAAUGGGGCAAAGUCCUUCAAGUAGGCACAGCUGUACCUUUUCGGCCAUUCAUUUGGCCCAGUCCUCGCCUGCCUUUUCGGCUCACGACGCUUCUCUCAUGCCAGGAAGUAGAGAACAGGUAGUAGAACAGUUGGCGAAACAUGAAUCUCGCUCUUCCCGAUCGACGGACGGACAGUGCAAAUGUGUCCCACUCCAAUCUUCAGAAUCCCCCACGCUGCUCCGUCGGAAGACUGGCGACAAGUCAGACUGGACUAUGGCCCAACCACGGGGCGAGGGGGAGGUUAAUCACAGUAUAGAGGAUGAAGGCAAUCUAAAGGAAAGGGAAGCACCCGAGAGGGAUGUGGAGGAGGAGGAGGAGGAGACAGAACGAGCCGAGGUGGGUAAACUUAAAGAAGAGGAUAAAACGACAACUGGCAAGGGCAUGACAGAAGAGAAGCAAUAUUGUCGGUCGGAGAAGGAAGGUGAAGAUGGCCAAGCCCCCAAUAACGUGGCGGAAGAAGGGAGUGGCAAACCCCGCAACGAACCGCCAUGA